UACGUGUCUGCACAUGCUCUGUGUCCUUUUCAACCGGGCCCGACACAUGCGUCUUGUUCAUUUUGUUGACCCAAAUCGGGGGGCGGAUCAGCCGACCCGGCGCCGGUGGAAUGUAAACACUGCACAGUGUGUGUACGUGAGUUUUCGAGUCAUCAACCGCAAGCCACACGAGAUGUUUCAUAUGAAAUUGUCCAGAUGGACUGAUCGAUUCACUUGCGUCCAUGUGGCCAUCCGCACUGGUCAUAAGGUUGACAGGUGAAUUUAACUUCUUUAUACCGCUCUAUCAUUAUGCCUUAUCCAGUGCUUCUCGGCAGGCCACGGGCGCCUCUUAGUGUUUAGUGUAACGACAGGGUCACGGUUCAUCCUUCAACUCUACCUGGCUCGGAUAGUCGUUGGAAACACCUAUUCGUCCCACCGAUCGCAAAUCACCUUCAAUGAAGGCUCCGGUAUCUCUCUUCAUUGGUUGGAUACAGACAAAUAUACUACUGUUCUGCAUGAUGAGCAUUGCAGCGCCCAGAUGGAUAGAUACUCAGCACUUCUCGAGAAGAGCACUGAGGAAUACGGAUCGCGUGCAGCCCAUCGGAGUUAAACAAGCCAUGGAUCUCCUCUAUCUUUACGGGUACUUUCAAAAGGAAACAACCAAUAAAAACCCCCUAAAUCCUGCUAAUAGCCCAGCGCAUCAUCUGCUUGAGGACAACUCAGGAAUGCUGCUACCCCCGCCUGAAUACCACGAGGCACUUCGAAGAUUUCAGCGUACCUAUCGUCUACCUGUUACAGGAAGGCUUGACCGACCUACUGCAGAUCUGUUGUCUUCGCCAAGAUGUGGCAACCCAGAUGUUGUUGUGAGCACCCAUGACCAGACUUCAAACAGAAGCAUCAACAUACAAAUUGCAAGGAGACGGAGGCUCCACUCUGUGGACCGUGAGUUGUACCGGAGUAAACGCUUUCUGAUCGGCGACGAAGGUAUGAAGUGGAGCAAAAAGAAGUUAACUUGGCAAAUACGCAGCUAUCCAACAAAAGCGCUGACUAUGGCUCGGACACACGUUGUCUUUCAGUACACCUUUAAUCUGUGGUCAAAGGUAACAGACCUCGUGUUUUCGGAGGAAAAAGAUUACUACAAACCUGCGGAUAUCAUUAUUCAAUUCGGCGCUGGGAAACACGGUGAUUCAAUACCAUUUGAUGGGCCUGGUGGUGUCCUAGCGCAUGCAUACUAUCCAACCCCGGAUAACGUCUAUUCCUUCUCCGGUGACGCCCACUUCGACGAUGAUGAGGUUUGGAACGACGGUCCUCAUAAAGAUUACCGCAAUCUCAUCUCAGUUGCUGCACACGAAAUGGGUCACAGUUUGGGACUGGGACAUUCUACUGUGCCUACAGCCAUCAUGUUUCCGUAUUAUUUGAGCACUUGGAAAAAAGUUGAACUAGAUCGAGAUGACAUUAGUGGAGCGCAGAAAAUCUACGGUGCCCCCAGACCAGGAAAAGUUAUUCCACCUGCACCGGAGUUGCCAGAUAUUCCACCCCCACCUCGAGUGACCACACCGGCUCCUGACAGGGGGAAAGUGUUCAACUACUGCAAUAUUGAAGUGGACGCAAUUAUCAAAAUACGAAAUCUUGAGUUGUACAUCUUCAAGGGGCCGUGGCAGUGGCGAGUAACUUGGUCAAAAACAGUUACCACUUGGGUCUCAUACCAGUUUCGCGACGGACCAGCAAAGAUAACCUACUACUGGCCAACCUUGCCCAAGACGGUAGAUCAUGUGGAUGCUGGUCUAGAGAGAUUUGACAAUGCAAUAUACAUGUUCAGUGGCCGACGCUUCUGGCUUCUGAUUGACAAUAUGAACCUCAAACCCGGUGUACCAACAGAAGGACUUCCCCUCACGGAGUUAGGAUUACCCGAGACUGUGGAACGUAUCGAUACCAUGUUUUUGUGGGGUGAAUCGAAGGCGAUUUACUUGUUUAUUGGUGACAAAUACUGGAAGUUGGACGACCGGGCCGGUCCUUUUGGACGUGUGGCUCCAGAACCCGAUUACCCCAGGAAUAUUGUGGAUACUUGGCAAGGAGUACCUGUCCCGUCGCGGCCUGCAUUUACUGGGCUGAAUGGUGAGACACUUUUCUUCAGUGGCACGAACUACUACGUCUUCGACAACGUGGCGAUGCGUGUGCGUCCCGGAUACCCGAAGCCGGCAACCUUGGGCAUUUUGGGCUGCUUGCGAAACGAGUAGCCAUUGCAACCUGGUCAAUCUUUAUACUGUUGAAUAUUUCUGCCAUUGCACUCGCAGUUAUCUUCGCCAAAUAUCUGUGAAUAUAAAAUAUGUUUGAUUGACUCGGUUGAGUUAGCAAUGGGUGGGGGAAAAGUCUCACAGAAUUAACUGUACUUGAGAUGAAACCCUUGGUGAGCAAUAAAAAACUGUUUCUCAC